GAGUUGAACCGUGACUAACCCCCGGUUCAAAAAAUAUUCUCGAUUUGAGCAACUUGCCAACAAAUAUUUCUUUAAAUUAAUUAAAACUCAAAUUUCUUCAUUUAUUGAAUGAAACUUUUACUUGUUGAGAGUCAUUAUUAAAAAUUGAGUUGCGUGAGGUCACCAAGCGAUGAAAGUAUUACUCUCAUGACCAUCAGGUGCUUAAAACUUUUGUUGAUUAUUUAAAGGCUGUUUUAUUGUGAAAAUAUAAAAAUGAAAAUAACAAACUUGAGAACUGGAAGAAUAUUACGAAUUGCUUUGGUGUUAUGCUUAUCGUUGCCAAUUAUUUAUCUCCUGUUGAACUAUUCCGACUCGCAUAAGAAGAUUAAUGAUGUUUAUCACAAGAAAUUCGCUGCAAAACAAAAACGUCAAGUUCCGGUUUUAGUCGAAGGUCUUGGCAACUUUGAGCCGAAAGAGGAUGAUAACAAUGAUGGGCCUGGAGAAGGUGGAGAAGCUUACGACUUGCCACAAGAACAACAAAAUGCUGGAGCUGAUUCAGAAAUGGAGUAUGGGAUGAAUAUGGUGGUGUCAGACAUCAUUUCUCUUGAUCGUUCUGUGAAAGAUACAAGAUUAAAGGAAUGUAAACAUUGGAAUUAUCCAGAAGAUCUUCCAAGUGCAAGUGUCAUCAUUGUUUUUCACAAUGAAGGCUUGUCGGUGCUGAUGCGAACAGUUCAUUCAGUGAUUAACCGAACACCACCACAAUUUCUUCAUGAAGUUGUUUUAGUUGAUGAUUACUCAGAUAAGGAAGAUUUAAAAGAUCAAUUGGAUAAUUAUAUCAAAAAAUUCCAUGGAAAAGUUAGAAUAAUUAGAAAUGUUGAGCGAGAAGGUUUAAUUCGAACUCGUUCAAGAGGCGCACAGGAAGCAACGGGUGAAGUCAUCGUGUAUCUCGAUGCACAUUGUGAAGUUAAUAAAAAUUGGCUACCUCCGUUACUAGCUCCAAUUUAUCGCGAUCACACUGUUAUGACUGUUCCAAUUAUCGAUGGAAUUGAUCAUAAAACAUUCGAAUAUCGGCCAGUUUAUGCCGACGGCCAUCAUUACCGAGGCAUCUUUGAAUGGGGAAUGCUUUACAAAGAAAACGAAGUUCCAAAACGAGAACAAAAACGACGUCAACACAACAGUGAACCUUAUCAAAGUCCAACACAUGCUGGUGGAUUAUUUGCUAUAAAUCGAGAAUAUUUCUUGACACUUGGAGCAUACGAUCCGGGAUUGUUAGUUUGGGGAGGUGAAAAUUUCGAACUUUCAUUUAAGAUUUGGCAAUGUGGAGGCAAAAUUGAAUGGGUGCCAUGCAGUCGAGUUGGUCAUGUUUAUCGAGGUUUUAUGCCUUACAAUUUCGGAAAACUUGCUGAGAAGAAGAAAGGGCCGUUGAUUACAAUUAAUUAUAAACGUGUCAUUGAAGUUUGGUUUGAUGAUCAACAUAAAGAAUAUUUUUAUACACGCGAACCAAUGGCCAGAUAUUUAGACAUGGGCGAUAUAAGCUCACAACUUGCACUUAAAGAUCAACUAAAAUGUAAAAGUUUUCAAUGGUACAUGGAAAAUGUCGCUUAUGAUGUUUAUGAUAAAUUUCCACAACUUCCGCCAAACAUUCAUUGGGGUGAGUUGAAGAAUUCUGCGACAUCGAAGUGUCUCGAUGCGAUGGGGCGGCAACCUCCAAGUUUAAUUGGAAUUCAACAUUGUCAUGGGUAUGGUAAUAACCAACUUAUUCGAUUGAAUGCAGCUGGUCAGAUAGGAAUUGGUGAAAGAUGUGUUGAAGCCGAUUCCCAAGGAAUUAAACUCGCAUUCUGUCGACUUGGAACAGUUGACGGUCCUUGGAAAUAUGAAGAAGAUUCAUCAACAAUUGUACAUCGAACUCAUAAGAAAUGUAUUGCUGUUCAUCCGCUUUCAUCUGCAUUGUCAUUGAUGCAUUGCGAUCCGAACAAUGCCUUCCAACAAUGGAAGUUCAACACAUUGAAGCCUCAGUAUUUGAGACACUUUAAACUGAUUUGUGCGCAACAAGUGGGGGAAGACAUUAAAUUUUUAAUUGCUUUCGUAGUAGCUUUGCUGGAGAUGCUUGCUGCGAACAAUAAUAGCACCAACAAUGAUCCCGAAAGCAAUGAAACGAUUCCAAUAAAUCCGAAUCGACAAAACCCGUCAGUGCUUCGGAAUUUUUCUAAUUUCUUCCGGAGUAGAGGAGGAUUAGAUCAAUCAGAUGCUGAAAGAUAUGUUGAAUUCGGCGGACUUGAUAGUGAGCUUCCAUCAUCAUCACAAGAACAAAGAUCGCUUGGAACAUUUGCUGGAUGUUUUGCGCCGGUUUCGCUUUCAAUGUUCUCAGCUCUUGUUUUUAUUCGUGUUGGAUUUUUAGUUGGAAAUGCUGGGCUUUAUGUGACUCUCCUUCAAUUUGUGAUCGCUUAUCUCAUCCUUUUGUUCACUGUUUGUUCUGUUUGUGCGAUUUCAACGAAUGGAGCUAUCGAAGGCGGUGUCAUGAUAAGUCGAACACUUGGACCAGAAUUCGGUGGUGCGAUUGGUUCACUCUUCUUCCUAGCAAAUGUCGUCGGCUGUGGUCUUGCAAUAACUGGUUGUGUUGAAGGUUUACUCCAGAACUUUGGACCUGGUGGAUAUCUUUUAUCAGAAGGAUCUCAAGGCUUUCUCGAAGAUGGCCGUUGGUAUCGCUUCGCUUACUGCACACUCAUCAACACUUUUUGUCUUCUUGUUGUUCUCAUUGGCGCCACAAUGUUUGCUAAAACAUCAGCAUCGAUUCUUGGAAUUGUCGUUAUUUGUCUGAUAUCAACUUACAUAAGUUUCAUUGUUCAAGGACCGAAAGAAGUUCAAAUUCCGCCUGAAAAUUUGCUGUUGAAUCGAACGGAAUUUCCUAUUCUUAAUUACACUGGAAUAUCAAAGGAAACAUUUUUAGAAAACCUUCAUCCAAAUUAUGGUCAAGAUUACACUUCAGAUGGUUCUUUUGUCAACUUUUCGAUUGUCUUCGGUGUUUUGUUUUCGGGUGUGACAGGAAUUAUGGCAGGUGCUAACAUGAGUGGUGAAUUAAAGAAUCCAUCGAGAAGUAUUCCAAGUGGAACUCUCUCAGCUGUUCUCUUCACAUUCAUUUGUUACAUUGGAUUGUGUGUGUUGAUGGCAGCGACAACGCCUUCGAUACUUCUCCGUAACAAUUUCCUGUUCUUAAUGCCAAUAAACAUCAUUCCAGCAUUUGUUGCUGUUGGCAUUUUAACUGCAACUUUCUCAACGGCUUUAAGCAAUUUAAUUGGAUCAAGUCGUGUGUUGGAAGCUUUGUCAAAGGAUCAAGUCUAUGGAUCGUUCUUCAACUUUAUAAUUCGUGGAACUUGGAAUAACAAUCCAAUUGCUGCUGUCAUCGCAAGUUGGGUGCUUGUUGAGUUGAUUCUUCUCAUCGGUUCACUCAACACAAUUGCACAAAUCAACUCAGUUUUGUUUAUGUUGAGUUACAUGGCAACGAAUCUCGCAUGUCUUGGAAUCGAAAUCACUGGCGCUAUAAAUUUCCGACCAACAUUUAAAUACUUUACAUGGCACACAGCCUUCUUGGGACUUUUUGGAACUCUCAUCAUGAUGUUUGUUAUCAACGCAAUUUAUGCUUCAUUGAGCAUCAUUCUCUGCUUGAUUCUCGUCAUUGCACUUCACUUAUUUUCGCCAGCUUCACAAGGGGCACAAUGGGGGUCGAUAUCGCAAGCUCUCAUGUUCCAUCAAGUGAGAAAAUAUUUGCUUAUGUUAGAUUCGAGAAAAGAUCAUGUCAAGUUUUGGCGUCCCCAAAUGCUUCUUCUUGUCGCAUCGCCGCGAUCAUGUUGUCCAUUAAUUCAUUUUGUGAAUGACAUGAAGAAAGGUGGACUUUAUGUCGUCGGCCAUGUGAAGGUUGGUGAAUUCAAAGACAAUGAGAUUGAUCCAACGGUUGAAGAAUACACCCAAUGGUUGUCAUUGAUCGAUCAUAUGAAAGUGAAAGCUUUCGUUGAACUGACAUUAGCGAAGAGUGUUCGUGAAGGCAUUCAACAUUUGAUAAGAAUUUCUGGCAUGGGUGCGAUGAAACCGAACACAAUCAUUCUUGGAUAUUACGAUGAAGAAGCUUGUUACGAUUUCUUUGACGAUGAAAACUCACCAUAUCGAACGAACAAAUUCAACAGCAGCAACACUGGAAUUCUCUUUCCUUAUCGAAAGAAAAACGAAUAUAAAUCAUUAAGUCCCGAUGAGUAUGUCAACAUUGUCAGCGAUAUUCUUAGAAUGAGGAAGAAUAUUUGUCUUUGUCGUCAUUUCCAUCGAUUGAAUAAAACGACAAUAGCAAAAUCGAAUCAUAUCAAGUUCAUUGACCUUUGGCCUAUAAAUGUCUUUGACGCAAGCAAUAACGAUCCUUUCGACACUGCUUCUCAAUUUAUGAUGCAACUGGCGUGCAUCAUCAACAUGUUGCCUGUUUGGAAGAAUCUUCAACUUCGAGUCUUCCUUUGUGAGAUUGGCGAGAAUGAGCAGCAGCCGUUUGAAAGGCCAGCAGAAUAUCGUUUGAAUCAAUUAUUGAAGCAAUUAAGAAUAGCGGCAACAAUCCAUCAAAUACCUGAAUGGAAAAACAGCACUGACACUUCGAGAAAUCGUAAUUUGUUGAAGAACUUGACGAGAAAUUCUGAGAAUGAAAAUAUUACCAUGACCGAAGAGAAUCUUAAUCGAAUGAAGCUUUACAUGCAAAGAAUCAAUCAACUAAUUCGUGACAAUUCCAACUCAACCGCUGUGACAUUUAUGUAUCUUCCACCACCUCCAAAUAAUUCUUCUAACUUUAAAGCUAAAUGUGCUAAUUAUUUGGAUCUUCUGAGCGAAUUGACAUAUGAUCUUCCUCCAACAAUUUUGGUGCAUGGCUUAAACACAGUUACAAGCACGAGUCUGUAAUUUCUUAUUUCUUUCCAUUCAAUUUCAUGAUUUUAGCUGUUGAUGAAUAAUUAAAAUUAAAUAAUUUAAACAAGUUAAGAAAAAUCUGAUAUAAUCAUAGAAGAAAGUAUUGAUUUCAUCUCUCAUUAAUACAAUUAAUUAAAUAUUAUUUAGCAUCAAAUUUAAUUAUAUUUUAAUAAUAUUAUCAUUUAAUGAAAAUUAAUAGAUAGAAGAGCAUAGCGGACAGAAUUUUAAUUAAAGAAAUGUUUGUGACAAAUGUUUGUAUCCGUUUUUGGUCUAUUUAAGAACAUUCCUGUGCAUCUUUUUUCAUAAACUUUUAUUUAGAUAUUUAUGUUAGCACCACCUAGCACAAGGGAUGAAAUUUAUGUUUUCUAACGUAAAGUUUUGCGUUGUAAAUCGAAUUAAAUGAACAUCCCUGCUAGCACUUGAUGAUCAUUUACUGGCAACUAAAAAGAAAGUGAAUAAUAAAUAUAUUUAUGUGUAA